AUGAAAGAAAUAUCUAAAGUCGAAGCUGACAUUGUGGCUGGAUCACUAUCAUCUACUGAUGAUAUUCAGACUCCGCCAAAGCGAGAAAAUGAAAUUCUAAUACCAUCGAGGCAUGCGGAUGCUACCUUGGCUUUUAUGGAAGAGAAUGACGCUUCAGUCGCAGAGAUAACUCCUGAGCAAGAGAAAAAACUAAGGAGAAAAUUAUUUUUCACGGUAUUUUGUUUUGUUUUUGCCAUAAAUCUACUGCUUUACAUGGAUAAAGCCACGCUCUCUUAUGAUUCGAUUUUAGGUUUCUUUGAAGAUACCGGACUCACUCAAAACACUUAUAACACCGUUAAUACUUUGUUCUAUGUGGGCUAUGCCAUUGGUCAAUUUCCAGGACAAUAUCUGGCACAAAGGCUCCCACUUGGAAGCUUUUUGGGUGGUAUACUAGCCUCGUGGACGGUACUCGUAUUCUUACAUUGUGCUGCCUUCAAUUUCUCUGGUGUUGCGGCGUUGAGAUUUUUCUUGGGUUUAACAGAAAGUAUUGUUAUACCUAUAUUGAUGGCGACAAUGGGUAUGUUUUUCAAUGCAUCAGAAAGAGCUGCAGCUCAGCCUUUUUUCUUUGCGGCAUGUAUGGGAUCACCAAUUCCAACCGGUUUCAUUGCAUACGGUGUGCUUCAUAUACUUUCUCCAAGUAUCGCACUGUGGAGAAUUUUCACUAUUAUUAUUGGAGGCUUAACAUUUAUUCUCACCAUUAUUGUCAUACUUUGGUUCCCUAAUAAUCCAGCUGAUGUCAAGUUUUUCACAAAAGAAGAACGAGUUUGGAUUAUCAGAAGGGUCCAAGCAUCUACUGGCUCUUCGAUUGAGCAAAAGGUGUUCAAGAAAGAUCAGUUUAAAGAAGCUAUGAAAGAUUACCUUACAUGGUUAUUUGGAUUGUUUUUUCUGCUGCAACAAUUAGCGAACAACCUACCAUAUCAACAGAAUUUAUUGUUCGAAGGAAUGGGUGGAGUUGAUGCUUUAGGUUCAACUUUAGUUUCUGUUGCUGGGGCCGGAUUUGCUGUAGUAUGUGCACUUAUCGCAACAUUAACAUUACUCAGGUGGAAAAAUAUUUCCGCUUUCACAGCCAUUUUUUGGACUUUACCUGCUUGGGUAGGAUCGAUUGCUGCCGCCACCCUACCUUGGGAUAACAAAAUGGGCAUAUUAGCAAAUAUUUGUCUCGCAGGCCAAGUGUUCGGAAUACCUUUCAUUAUCGCUCUUGACUGGGCAAGUUCGAGUGCCUCAGGUUACACUAAAAAAUUCACAAGAAGCUCGGUGUGCAUGUUUGCAUACGGUAUUGCCAACAUCAUCUCGCCGCAGAUAUGGCAAGAAAAAGAUGCUCCUAGGUAUUUACCGGCAUGGAUUGUUCAGAUUGUUUUGUCAUUUUCUUUGUCACCACUCGUUCUCUUAGUGAUAUAUUUCAUCUUAAAAGCAAGAAAUAAUGAAAGAUUGAAACAUUAUGAUGAAAAUUAUCGAAACUACGUAGAGAAAUAUCAGCUUGUUGAGAGUGAGGAUAACGAUAAUGAAAAAAUGAUGAAAGUAUCUUCACAAAAUGAUAUCAACUUGGCUGUAUUGGAUCUGACUGAUUCAGAAAACAAAACAUUCAUUUAUCCUUUAUAG